UAAUAUAGUGUGAGUCCAGCAGCUCCCUUGUAAUUAACCCAAGGUAAUGCAUAAACCGCGGCCUGGGAGUAAAAUUUUUGCAGAAGUCCUCAACUUUGUCCAGAGUGAGACUCUCUCGGUGUUCAUCCAUGGCAGCCCAAGCUGGUUCUUCUUCUGCGCAGGAGGACCAAUUUCUAGAAAACGAGGAAGAUUUAUUUUAUGGAGCUGAAUCGGGUUGGGUCGAGGCCCGAACAUCUUGCGAUCACCUUGCUUCCCUGUCGUCUGAUCUCGCUCACAUUCCCACUCCUGAUACUGCCUGCAACAGAUGCCAGCAUCCCAAUGAGAACUGGUUAUGUUUGUGCUGUAAGGACGUCCUCUGCAGCCGCUUUGUGAACAAGCACAUGCUCCAGCAUUACCAGCAGUCUAACCAUUGUCUUGCUCUCAGCUAUAGUGACCUAUCUGUCUGGUGUUUCUCCUGUGAUGCAUAUUUAGAUGCGCAACUGAUCCCACAACUGCGGCCUGUAUAUGAAACUGCCUACAUUCUGAAAUUCGGCGAGGCGCCACCAUUCCGUACGGUUUAAUAGCAGACAUGGGACAUAAUCUAACUGUGUUUAUAUCUGGCGGGGCAUGUCACAGUACUCUUCUCAGAGUCAACCUUCGUUUUGUUUGCUUAUGUUUUCUUAUUUGAAAGAGCAGAUGGUAUCAGAUGAUCUUCAUUACACAAACCUUGUAAUUUAUCUGGACGUGUAAAGUUAUCAAGCUCGAUGAAUAUCGCUUUGUCUGACUCUUUCCGCAUCACGGCAUGAUAA